AUGGGACAGGAAAAUGUUUGUCAGAAGAUAUGGACGCUCGUUUUAAUAAGCAUAGUUUCCCAAGCCACUUCUGCUUCUGCUGUACUUGACACAGCAUGUCAGACUGAACCUUCACUAGAGAGUCUUUGCGGCAGCAUUAGACUACCCGGAUCGGGUCAGGAGAUUCAGUUGGUCCCGGUGCCAUUACGUAACAGCCCCCAGACGCCCCUGGCUUUACUGAAGUCUUUUGGAACAUGGAAUUUUGUCUGCACAUAUCCAGGGUCAGUUCCGUCCGGCACCACGGUAAAGAACGAAAACAAUUUAGGAACAACGACUGGGGCCACUUCUUUGAGGAAUAGCGCCAUCACAUCCUACCCUACAACAUCAUCAGAACUGUCUACCAUUGCUGAAACUCUCAUCACAUUGGAUCGAUCGCGUACCCCUUCAGAGCCCGGUGUGGUAGUUGGUGGCAAUUGGCCAUCUCAGAGCACCCCUGCCACUACGACACCACACGAUACCGUAGUGACAACUGAUACCGACGAACAGUCUCCAAGCACUUCAACCCAUACCACUAGAAGAAUGUCUGCAACGGAAGCAGCGUAUGUGACCACUGAUGCCAGCGGGUCACCUCAAAGCACUUCAGUCUAUGACACUACUAGGACAUCUACACCAGAGAGAACUACCACAGAUUUGCCUGAAUCUACAACUUCUUCUGGAAGAUACAGUACAACAACUGAACCGAUCGAUGUGACCACUGAUGCCAGCGGGUCACCUCAAAGCACUUCAGUCUAUGACACUACUAGGACAUCUACACCAGAGAGAACUACCACAGAUUUGCCUGACUCUACAACUUCUUCUGGAAGAUCCAGUACACCAACUAAAACGAACGAGGUCACGACCGGUAGUUCCAAUGCACCCACCACUACUACAGGACAGUUCGGGACGUGCCCUUCCGGUUUCGUCUCGUUCGGGGACAAGUGCUACUUCUUUCCACCGGCUCACCUGACCUCCUACAUGAACUACGCCGAUGCCGAGGACUUCUGCACCGACGUCGUGUCCGCCGGCCUCGCCGACGACUCUGCAACACUUCUGACUAUCAACAGUCUUGAGGAGAACCAAUUCCUCAUGAGCCAUCUUGCCGGAGUUCAGGACACCGUGGAUAUCGUCGGCAGUGAUGGCGUUUGGGUGGAUUGUGAUCUAAAUGGGCGUUUCGACUGCAAUCUGGAUUAUGAUUCUCUUCCGUAUUAUGAUUAUUACAGUGGUAAGUAG